AUCUGCUCCGUGAUUCUCGCAGAACAUAAACAUUUCGUUGGGGACCGCGGUCGAAAAGUGUGUAAAAGGAUGUCCGAGUCAACUGAAAAUCACUGCACCAAUCAGAAAAUCAAACAACUAAAGACGAACUUGUCGUUUUGGUCCCCAUUGAACAACAGUUUCGCGGUUCCGGAUAAACCUUCGAAAUGCACGUGGCAUAAAAAAGUAUGCCCCACGGCUAGUCCGCAUAGAACGCAAGAAUGGAAACGCACCUCUAAACUGUUACCGAAUGUUUUGAGUACAAUUGGAAAUACUCCUUUGAUUAAGUUGAACAAAAUUCCAAAGGAUUGUGGGGUUGUCUGUGAUAUUUAUGUAAAAUGCGAGUUCUUCAACCCCGGCGGUUCGGUGAAAGACCGCAUCGGCUACCGCAUGGUGGAGGACGCUGAGAAGCAGGGCAUCCUGAAACCGGGCGCGACCAUCAUCGAGCCGUCUUCGGGCAACACCGGCAUCGGCAUCGCGCUAGCGGCGGCCGUCAAAGGCUACCGCUGCCUGAUCGUGAUGUCGGAGAAGAUGUCGAACGAGAAGGUUUCCGUGUUGAACGCGUUGGGCGCCGAGAUCGUUCGCACGCCGGUCACGGCCGACUCGGACUCGCCCGAUGGCAUGUUUGGGGUCACGCAUCGCUUGAAGAACGAGAUUGCCAAUUCCGUUAUUCUUGAUCAGUAUUCAAACCCAGGAAAUUCCUUGGCUCACUAUGACACAACUGCUGAAGAAAUUUUGGAUCAAUGUGAUGGAAAUGUUGAUAUGAUUGUAAUUGGAACUGGAACUGGGGGCACCAUCUCAGGAAUUGGCAGAAAAAUUAAAGAAAAAUCGCCAAACACUGUAAUUGUUGGAGCCGAUCCGGAAGGAUCAAUUCUGGCCUUGCCAGCAAAAUUAAACGAAACCGAUGUUGGAUUUUAUGAAGUUGAAGGUGUUGGUUAUGAUUUCCUUCCGACCGUGUUGGACCGAUCCGUGGUCGACAAGUGGGUGAAAACAAACGACAAAGACUCGCUGCCGAUGGCGAGAAGGCUGAUUCGCGACGAAGGUCUGCUCUGCGGGUCGAGCAGCGGUGCCAACUUGUCGGCCGCCAUUAUUGCCGCCAAAGAUCUCAAACCUGGCCAGCGCGUCGUUGUCAUUCUUCCCGACAGCAUCAGGAAUUACAUCACCAAGUUUAUUUCCGAUCAGUGGAUGGAGGCCAGGGACUUCCAGCCUUGCGUCAACACCAAAAAUCAUUGGUGGUGGGAUGUUCCAGUUACUACAAUUCCUUUGGAAAAACUACAAACAGCAACACCCAGUAUGACUUGUGAACGUGUAUUGAAUGUUAUGAAAAAAUUAGGUGUUGAUCAAGUACCACUUGUGGAUAACAAUAGCAUUGUCAUUGGAAUGAUAACUUUACAAAACUUGAUGAACGGCCUUAUUUCUGGCAGAGUCCAGUCAAAUCAAAGUAUAGAAAGUAUUGUGAUGAGGAUUUACCCCAAAGUUUAUACAACUGCCAAUUUAGGCGUUAUUUCCAGAGUUUUGGAGAAAGAAUCGUAUGUUAUGAUUCUUGAAAAACAAGCUAAUGGUGAUAAACCUGUGGGAAUUGUUACUGCCAUUGAUUUACUAAAAUUUAUUUCUGAAUCUAAACCUGCAAAUUAA